AUGAACCUGACGCCCGUAUCAGCAACGAAAUCCUGUUCUGUAAGCCCCAAGCCCAAAUGGCGCAACGAUUUCAUUGAUAGGGAACUUCUCAAUAUCGCGGAAGGUGAAGAGCUCCUCCUGAAAUUCCGCACAGACUUGAUGCCUCUGUUCCCAUUCGUCCCUAUAGAUGAAGCAAACUUUGGUAAAUUGCGUGAGAAGUCUCCGUUUCUCUUAUUAUGCAUAAUGACAGCUUGUCUCGAGCACAAGCCCGCUCUCCAGCAAAAGUUCGAAUUGGAAGUUCGAUCUGUUAUAUCAACCCGUAUAAUGAUGAAUAUGGAGAGGGACAUGGACAUACUUCGUGGCUUGUUGGUUCAUAUCGCAUGGUCUCAUUAUCAUUGGCGCAACUACCAUACCCAGGUGUAUAUGCUUCUUCAGAUGGCUAUGGCUAUCGUUGUUGACUUGGGGCUUGACAGAUACGACAAUUUUAGAAUGCGACACAUUUAUGGCCAUGGGGAAGACAUGGAGGGUUCUCAGGGGGUACAAGUGCUCCAUCUGACCCCUGACGGGCAGCGCGCAUUCUUAGGUUGCUAUUAUCUAUGUUCCAAGGCCUCAAUAUUUCGGCGACAGCUGAACAUGAAGCAUACGGACUGGGUCAAUCAUUGUGCUGAACGCUUAGGGCAGAGAGCAGAGUAUCCCAGUGACCAGUAUAUCAAAGCACUGAUUGAGAUCCAAUUGCUUGCUCGAAAAUCAGAGCUAGAGGUCGAUUACCCUACUCACGCAAUAAAUAAGGACGAACUAUUCCGGUCUAUUGACGUACUUGAGAAUCAAAUAGAGCAGCUUUUCCUACAGAACAAAAAGUGUAAUACCUGGGCGCUGCGAUUGGAGCUGAAUGCAAUUCCCGCAAUUGUUCUCGGGCAUGCACUUAGCCAAAGGGAUAGCCAUCACCAGUAUAAUCAACGUCGGCUGCUUCGUAUUGCGCGUUCCGCAUUCAACAUUGUGACAGUAUUCCUCGCAACACCGACCUCAGUCGCACCUAAUCUCCCUAUGUUCAGCUACACCUCUAUCUGGUACGGCCUUCUUGUUCUGUCGAAGUUGAGCUUGCUUCCGGAUGCGGCAACGGAAGACAAGUCACUCGAUGUCCAUAGCAGAGACAUCCACAACCUCGGCCUUGCAGCUAUGCAAAAGAUGGAGACGAUGUCACGAGGUAACGAUGUCUGGGAUAAUUGCCUUGCAGUGAUCGGGUCCAUGCUCUCAUGGCUAGAAAAAAGUCGCACACGGUCUAAAGAAAUGCAACUUCAUGAAGAAAUAUCAGACAAACAGGAAGUUGAGAACACCAAUCCAUUGCCGGAGCCAGUACAUGAAGAUUCCCCUCUAGUCACAGAGUCUGCUGUGACCGAAGAUUGGGAUGCUACAGUAUGGCACCAGAUGCUACAAGAUCUGACAUGGAUAGGAGGGAUUCCAGUGGAGCAGCAAUUAGCCGUACAUUCAUUCAACGAGACUUGA